AUGGCUGCGCUCUUAAGAUCUGUCCGGUUACUGAAACUCUCCGCGUCUCCUGUGCUGCGGGGAAACACACAGAAUCCUGCAGCUGCGCUUAAACGCUGUUACAGCAGAGCAACAUGCCGGACAGAGAUCAGCCUCAGUUUCAGACUGAACAGUUCAGGAUCAGUCCGGGUGAACAGCUCUGCUGGACCUUCUUUGGCUCUGCGAUGCUACAGUGCUGCUGCAGAGAGGAAGGGAGCAGUGAAAGAAGAACCCAGUGUCGCCAUCCGCGCCAAGCAGGCUCAGCAGUUUGACUGGGCUCUGGCUAAACUGGACAGCUCAGUCCGAAGAACCGGCAGAGUUACCAAAACCCUGAUCCAGCGCAUCUUCCAUGACAUCUGUCGAACAGGCUACCCCAGUGGAAAUCAAGCUCUUUUGCUGCUGAGGAGCUGUGGCUCACUGCUGCCAGAGAUGCCUCUUGAGGAGCGUAGUCAACUCGCCCACCGGGUCUGGGAGAAGCUCCAGGAGUUGGGUGCAACGUACGAUGUAAGCCAUUACAAUGCACUACUGAAGGUCUACCUGCAGAAUGAGUAUACAUUUUCCCCCACUGAUUUCCUUGCCAAGAUGGAGGCGGCCAAUGUGCAGCCCAACAGAGUGACCUAUCAGAGAUUGAUUGCUGCUUACUGUCAGAAUGGAGACAUCGAAGGUGCCAGCAAAAUUCUGGGCUUCAUGAAGAGCAAAGAUUUGCCCAUCACAGAGGCUGUGUUCAACUCCCUACUGACCGGGCAUAGCCAUGCCGGGGACAUGGCAAGCGCUGAAAACAUCCUGUCUGUCAUGAGAGGUGCGGGCAUUGAACCAGGUCCAGACACUUACCUGGCUUUAAUCAUGGCUUAUGCCAAGGACGGAAACAUUGCUAAAAUCAAAGAGACUGUGGACUUGGCCGAGAGCAAAGAUGCCGGUCUCAUGGACAGAGACCUGAUGCAGGUGGUGUUUAGCCUGGCGAGGGCUGGUCAUCAGCAGUAUGUACCUGACAUAGUGGAGCGCAUGCGGCAUGAAAGAGGCUACGUGCCAGAUGCCAUGAACCUGUGCUUGAGUCUAACCACCCAGGGUUUUGAGGACACUGCAUUCACUUUGCUCAAAACCUUCCCCAGUCUGCAGACAGAAUCACAGGAUGGUGAAACUCUGGACGUGGGUAAUUUUUUCCUGCGUCACUGCGUCAACAUGAAUAAGUCACCUGAGAAGUUGGUUGCUUUCUGUAAGGAGCUGAAGAAUUCCAACCUGCACUCUGCACCACUGCAGUUUACACUAUAUUGUGCCCUGGAGUCCAAGAACACAGCUUUGGCAGUAGAAGUGAUGAAGAAGAUGAAGGAAGAAGGUCUUCCGGUUCGAUCUCACUACUUCUGGCCGCUGCUAACAAAACAUCAAAAAGACAAAAACACACCAGGUACUCUGGAAGUGCUGAAGGCCAUGCAGGAGCUGAACGUUACCCUUGACAUCGAUACUUACUCCAGCUAUGUGCUGCCUACCUUUCCAUCAGUGGACAGUGCCCGGGUGGCUCUAAAGGAAGCCGGCUGUGCGGUGGACACUGAUGACUUUGCAGCAGCAGAAGUGCGAGCUUUGGCCACAAGUGGAGAUCUGGCAGGACUUUAUUCUUUGCUGUCUUCACCAUCGUUCCCAGCCGUCUCCCUCAGUGCUUUUAGAGGAAGCCUAAUCACCGGCUUUAGGGGGUCGAAAGAUGUGGAGAACAUGACUAAGAUCACAGAGCUUCUUUAUAAGGACAGCAGAUUUGGAGAGACUGAGACAGAACGUGCAGAAAACACAGCCUACUUCCUCUUUAACCUGUUUGAUGGAAUGACUGAGACAGACGUGCAGGCUAAAGAAGAGAUACUCAGACAAUACCUUCAUCAACUGAAGGAUGUGAACAUCACCAUCCAUGUGAACAUCUACAAAGGAAUCAGGAACAUUCUAAACCUGUACCAUGUGCCAGAACUCAUUAAGGAUGUUCUUGGUCUUGUGGACAGAGAAACGAGUGAAGAUGGCAUUGCACUCACUGACACUUCCAUUCCAAAAGGUUUGGAGGGAAAACUGGUGAUACUGGAAAGAAAACUAGAGGAGCAGAAAUCUCAGGGUGUACCUGCUGGAAGGACUUUUAGACAGCUCAUUGGUGCUCUGUGUUCUGAGGAGAACCUGACCCGUGCUCUGGAGCUGAAAGCUCAGAAUGAGAAGGAGAUGACUGCUAGUUGCUAUGCUCUGCUCAUCAACUUGUGCUGCCGUCACGACAACCCUGAGGAAGCUCUGAACCUGAAGAGAGAGCUAGCUCGUAUGGACUCUGAAGUUUCACUGGAUGCUAACAAAUAUCUCAGCCUGGUCAGGGUCCUCUCCAAGCAUGGCAAACUGGAAGAGGCUGUGGACAUCUUGAAGGAAAUGAAGGAAAAAGAUGUGCGGGUGACGGACACCACGGUCACCAUGUUGUUCCACACGCUCAAUGCGGCCGCUUUGAAGGGAGACGUCAACACAAUUCGGCGCCUGCAGGACGUCAUCUUUACCCUGGGCCUGGCCAAGCCCACUAGCAACCUCUGCUCCCCGCUGGUCAGUGCUCAUCUCGAGAGUGGAGACUUGACUGGAGCUUUGGAGGCGAGUAUGGAGUGCCAGAAGCAAUACAACCAACUGCCCCGAAUCCAUGACAUUAUCUGUCGACUGAUAGACAAAGGAGAUACUGACCUGCUACAGAAAGCCAUGGACUUUGUGAGCCAGGAGCGUGGUGAGAUGACUAUGCUGUACGACCUUUUCUUCGCUUUUAUGCAGACGGGCCGCUUCAAGGAAGCCCGCAAAAUCAUCGAGACCCCUGGUUUAAGGGCUAGAGCUGGUCGACUGCAGUGGUUUGCAGAGAAGUGCAUUGCAGGCCAGCAGAUGGAGCCUCUGGAACACAUGGUGGAAAUUACCGCUAAGCUGUUUGAAUGUGACAGAGAUGAGAUGUACCACUACAUGCUCCGGCUCUGCAAGGACAUUAACGACUGGCGUAAAGCAGAGGCUGUGUGGACUAAGAUGCAGGAGGAGAAUGUGAUCCCCCGAGAACGCACCCUGCGCUUACUUGCUGACGUCCUCAAGAGCAACAACCAGGAGGUGCCCUUUGAGGUGCCUGAGAUGUGGUAUGAGCAUUCUGAUGGAGAGGACCACUCCGAGGAGGGGAAUUUGAAAGGGAAAACCUCACCGAACGUUUCCAGAGAGGUUUCUCCCCAUGAUUAUCAUCUGAGUGUUGUGACUCUCAGCAAAAGAGGGAAAAUUGAAGAAGCCCUGAAGAUAGUAAAUGAGUCUAACAAGAAGGGAGUGGCUCUGGGAGCUGGUUCAUACGACAUCCUCAUCAAGGCCCUGCUGGCUAAGGGCAACUUGGAGGAUGCCAUGGCAGUCAAAAAUAUCGCUUCCAAACAUCUUGCUGAAUUCAAGCUGAGCGAAGUGGCCAACAACCUCCACAUUGUUACACUAGUAAAGCAAGGACAGGUCAAAGCUGCCUUGGUUAGUUUUAAGGAAAUGCUGCAGGCCGACCAAGUGCCCUCCCAGCUGGCCAUCACCCGGCUCGUCCAGGGCUUGGGUAGGCAUGGUCACGUGGAGAGCAUCCAGGAAGUGGAGGGCAUGAUCAAGUCUUUAGGGACAUCCAUCAACUUGUCCUACAUGGUGUUUGUUAACAAUACGGCUCUGGGCCACAUCACAAAUGGGAACAUUGCAGGUGCAGUGGAGCUGUUGGAGUCUGUUUACACACAAGACCCUGAAACACCACAAAAAAGCAUUGCCUUUGUCUUCCGUAAAAUUCUGGAAGCAAACAACGAUGAUGCUCUUGAUAAAUUGAGUGCCAUGGCGGAGCGGCUGUGUAAUCAUUUUGCCUGCUACAGACCUGCUACAGAUCUCUUCCUGCAGUACAUCGACACUGGCAGGACAGACAACGCCAAGUUCCUUUUGCAGCGUUGUGCAGCGGUGGCUGAACAAAAGACAGCAAUGGAAGCUUUCAUGGCCAAGGUUUCUCAAAAGCCAGGACAGGCUGAGAAGGUAAAAAGUCUGAUCAAACUUGUUCCAGAUUUUACAGACAAGGAGAAACUGAGCACCUACCUGAUUAAAUGCUACAGUAUGGAUAAAGACCUGGCCUCAGCUAAGGCUCUCUAUCGGCAGAUACAAGCUGAGGGCCAGCAGAUAAAUGAGUUAUCCCUGAAAAGACUGGCACUGUUGUAUAAGAAUGCUGGUGAGGCUGUGCCCUUCGAGGAACCCCCGGAGUCGUUCAAGUUCUACGCAGACAAACUGAAGUCCUCUCAGUCCCAGAGUUCAACAGAAUACCAAGAUAACUAGAACCUAUUUUCCUUAUUUUUCCCCAUUGCUAUUUUCAUUUUUAGAUUUUCCUUUUUUAUAUAUAUGUCCAGUCAUAGAUCAGAUCUCCCAAUGCUGUUAAGUCCUUCACUUGUUGAACUCCUGCUCAUAACUACAACUAUGAUGGAAAAGUUGCCAUGUACAGAAGUAUUUAUGCUAAUAAAUGUGUUACGUGUUUCA